ACCAAUCCAUUUUCACUCCCAACUCGUCACAUAGUGACGCUUGGUCAGGGAACAAUGGGCUGUCAGAAGAUCUGCAAGGUGGAGAAACUCCUGCGACCCCACAAGGAAGUGGCGGUAAACCAGAAACAAAGGUUGGCCACGACAAAGAAGAGCAAUCGGAUGAGAGGCCCAGAUAAGCUGGGAAAUGAAGUUUUGCCCUUCCACUGUGUGGACAACUUUCUCCCUCUGAAGGAUAAUCCCAGAGCUGAACUCAACCGAGAGACUGUGAACCAGCAAAGGCUCCGUCAGAAGUUACUGGAGACUGAGAUCAGCACCAGAAGGAAGGAGUGUGAAGCACUCGAGGCAGAGGUGAAGAAAAAGAAUCAAACAUGUCAGACUUUGGAGAAUGAGCUUCAAGGUUUCCUUCAGGAGAACAAGCACUUGAAUCUUCAGUGGUUCAACAGCAGCCACAGAGCAUCCGAGUAUGAAAAGGUGAAGUCAGAGUAUGCUCAGCUUAAAGAGGCCCUUGGUGUUGUGACGCAGGAGAGAGAUUUAGCCCUUUGGGAGAGGAACCAGCUCCAAGUCAAACUGGAGAACUUAGAGCAGGUGCUCAAGCAUAUGCGCGAGGCUGCGGAGCGAAGGCAGCAGCUAGAGUUGGAGCAUGAGCAGGCCUUGGCUGUACUCACUGCGAAGCAGCAGGAGAUUGACCUUCUUCAGAAGGCUCAGGUUGAAGCUAAAAAGGAACAUGAAGGUGCUGUCCAUCUGUUAGAGAACCACUUGGACAGCAUGCAGGCCAAAGUCCGCGAGCUGGAGGAGAAAUGUCGGUCUCAGAGUGAGCAGUUCAACCUGCUGUCAAAGGAGCUGGAGAAGUUCCGGCUCCAGGCUGGGAAGUUUGACAUCCUCAGCUGCGAACCCUUAACUGUGAGCGAAUCCCCCGGAUCCCCCAACAAAUCCUUAUCCCAGCUCCUAAAUGGAUUGGCUGCGCCGACCGAGAAAGGGACCGAGGUUCCAACAAGCAGAUCUCUGAUAUCAGAGUUCAUCCGGCCGCUCCAGAUCAGUGGAGACAAACCUGAGCUCCUCUCUGUUAAGCCAACAUUCCUCAGUCGCUGUCGGGCCAGCAGCCCAGCACGAGCGUUCCUCUCUGAGAUGGACAAAGAGCUCAGCUCAACAACCAGGUCCAAACCACGUUUCACAGGGAAGGUUCGUCUGUGUGUUGCUCGAUACAGUUACAAUCCAUAUGAUGGGCCUAAUGAGCAUCCAGAAGCAGAGCUCCCCCUAGUGGCCGGGAAGUACCUCUACAUAUAUGGAACAAUGGACGAUGAUGGCUUUUAUGAAGGAGAGCUGCUGGAUGGACAGCGGGGACUUGUCCCAUCCAAUUUUGUGGAUUUCAUUGACGAUGAGGAGAAGCCUUCCGUCCAGCAYAGGGACACAGUAGCUAAAGAACCUGGUUACCUCAACCACAGUAGCCUGGGGCCUCAGCGACAUUUGGCCAGUGCAGGAACAAGAGUGGGCCUGAGCAGUCUGCUGCCUGACAGUAAACUCGACUGUCUGAGUACUAGCAGCCUGGGCGUGGACUUCCUUGGCUCCUGCAGCAAUGGGACAGGAACCUUGAACGUCAACAUUGAUGAGGUCGGUGAAGACAUUGUGCCUUAUCCUCGUCGCAUCACCCUGAUCAAACAACUGGCUAAGAGUGUGAUUAUUGGCUGGGAUCCUCCUGUGGUCCCACCAGGAUGGGGCUCCAUCAGUGGCUACAAUGUACUGGUUGAUAAGGAGGUUCGGAUGAGUGUCCCCUACGGGGGUAGGACAAAGUCUCUCAUUGAAAAGCUCAAUCUUAUCACAAACACCUAUCGGAUCUCGGUGCAGAGCAUCACAGACCGAGGCCCAUCAGACGAGCUGCGGUGCACUCUUUUGGUUGGUAAAGACGUGGUGGUGGCGCCGUACUACCUACGGGUGGACAGCAUCACGCAGUGCUCUGCUGAGCUCUCCUGGAUGCCCAGCAACAGCAACUACAGUCACACCAUCUUCCUCAACGGUGCAGAGUACGACAUGGUCAAGGCUGGGGGCUACAAGUACAAGUUUUUAAACUUGAAGCCAAUGACAGUUUACAAGGUCAAGGUUGUCGCACAGCCACAUCAGGUGCCUUGGCAGCUUCCAAUGGAUCAAAGGGAAAAAGGGGAAAUCUCUGUGGAGUUCUGCACUCAGUCUGCAGGGCCCCCUCUACCUCCCCAGGAGGUGCAGGUCCAGUGCGGUCAGACACCGGGGGUCCUGCAGGUCCGUUGGAAGCCGCCCCCUCUGACACCUUCAGGAACCUCCAACGGUGCCAGUGUAAUUGGUUAUGCUGUUUGCACAAAGGGACAAAAGAUAGCGGAGGUCUUGUUCCCCACAGCCGACUAUGUGAGCGUGGAUUUAAACAGGAUUCAAGGUCUGGAGGCCAGAGAGGUCAUUGUAAGGACGUUAUCGACCCAGGGAGAGUCCCAGGACUCACCUGUGGCCAUCAUCCCGCACAAUCUCCUGGGCUCGCCUCACCUCUCCCGCCGAGCCACCGCACCUCCUCAUCCUCUGCCCCACCCUGUGCCGCAGCCCCACCCGGUACAGACCCAUCCUCCGUACCCAUCGACGUAUCCCCCCAAUCACCCUCAGCCCCAGAUGCAGCCUGUGCAACGGCCCCAGCACCACACGCUACCCCACGCACAGCCGCGCUCGCAGCCCAUCCGCCACCCUCCUCC